GAUCGGAGCCAUGCACAUCAUAAUUCCCAAGCUGAGCAGAGAAGCUGCGGACGGACGCUUUUACUGACCAGCCUCGCCUCUAACAUAAACUUUUUAAUUCUGCGGGAUGCCAUCGGCAGGUUUGGAGAUUGUGGGCCUGGGACUGUGUGUCCUGGGCUGGCUGGGGGUCAUGCUGGCUUGCGGGCUGCCCAUGUGGAAAGUGACGGCUUUCAUCGAGAGCAACAUCGUGGUGGCGCAGACGGUCUGGGAAGGGCUCUGGAUGAACUGCGUGGUGCAGAGCACGGGUCAGAUGCAGUGCAAAGUCUACAAUUCGCUGUUGUCCCUAGGGCAGGAUCAACAAGCCGCCCGAGCGCUGACUGUCAUCGCCUCCAUCCUGGGACUCAUUGGGCUCCUGGUCACCAUCCUAGGCGCUCAAUGCACCAAUUGCACGGAGGGAAUGACCACCAAAGCCCGGAUCGUCAUCACCGGGGGAGCCAUCUUCAUCAUAGCGGGCUUACUGGCCCUCAUCCCGGUGUGCUGGAUGGCCAACACCAUUGUGCGCGACUUCUACGACCCGAUCGUGCCUGUCUCUAAGAAGAGAGAGAUGGGAGCGGCUCUCUACGUUGGCUGGACGGCCAGUGCCCUCCUCUUCAUCGGGGGCUCCCUGCUCUGCUGCUCCUGUCCCCCGAAGCAAGACCAAUCAUCCUUCGCUGUCAAGUACACGGCCCCAAGGAGAGCAUCGGCCAACGGGGAUUACGACAAGAGGAAUUACGUGUGAAAAAGGUCUCCACAGUCAAUCUGGGGAGACCAGAAUUGGACAUAGGGACAGGGGAACGAGUAAAUCGCAGAUCCUGAGCCCCCGCCAGUUUUCUUACUCAUGCUUAUUUAAAGCAGUCUUUUUUUAUUUAAUGGAUUUGUAUUGUAAACGAAAACAGGAGUGUUCAUUGUGUAUCUACAGCAGUUCUCCAGCUUUUGGGUUAACCUUUUGAGAAUUGGAAGCGCGCCCCCAGAGUGACUUUACAGAGUUGGACGGUGAAGACCGAUUGCUAAGAGACGUCUGAACAAUCAUUCGGACACUGUUCAGUUUGAUUUGCAAUGGACAUUUCUGUGAGCAUCUCUAUUUCAGUGAACAGUGCGAGGGACCCUCCACCUCCCCUCGGUCCCAGACGCAUCCUCUGUAGCGGAAUGAGGUGCUGGGUUUAGGCUGAACGUUUGAUUUGAAUUAAUUAGAAAGUUUGAUUGGGCAGAGAGCGUGGCUCCACGAUCAGCUUUUGUUGUCUGCGAUAAGUAACCCAGCUCUUACUUACAGCUUUAGCCCAAAUCUGCUAUCAGAUUAUUCAAUUGAUUUCACGUUAUAGUUUAUUGCAGAAUUUAAUGCUGCGCAACUAGACCUUCGAGCCUGCCCUUCACAGUUUAAUGAGACUAAGUUUAAUUUGCUUAGUACAGUUAGAUUUAUGAUUAAGUGUCGGAUCUCGGCGGAGAGUGAGUUCACCAUCUGCUUUAUGUGGCUGUCUGUUGUCAGAUGUGUCCUUUUGCUUUGUGACUUCGGUCCGCACUCCAAUAUUCAGACAGUCUGGCACGGCAGCCCAACUUUUUCAAAAAGCAUUGGUCUCUUUGACCUAUUGCUUCUCCUUCAUGUAUCACAGCGAGCAGAUGAGUUGACUUUCUUUUCACAUGGGGGAGUUCCCAGCUCGGUUUUCUCCCUCCUAGUGUGAACGACAAUUCAUUUAAUCACAUACCGACCUGUCCCUUGGAAAAUACAGCACCCGCAGUGAGCAGCUCUCUCCAGAAAUCGAGAGGUCAAUAUUAACGUUAUUAAUGAUAGAGACAGCAUGGGGGGUGGAGGCAGUAUUUGAGAUGUAGCGAGUAUUAGUGCCUGAACAGUAUUAAUGUAGUAUUAUUCAUUGAGCGCCGAGAGUUUUCAGAAAGCAGUUUUGCGUAUGCAGAAUAUAUUCUGAGUGCGAACAAUUACAGAGAUAGUGAGAAUCACUGAGACGGACAGAUCAAAUCAGGUUGCGAGUCUAUGUGAUGGAGAGAGUAUUAUCGACAGUGAGAACUGACGGAAGUAAAUGUCGAUUGAAUGAGUAUGAAUGAUAACGCGACUGUUAAUGAUCGAGGCAGUUAUACUUUAUAUAAUAAUUUGCCAAAGGUUUCAGACAGGAAUGAAGAGCUGCCGACUGGUUCCAAUCAUGAUUGUGCCGCUCUUUGAACUGUGAUAUAAAGUGGCGAGAAAACAUUUCAACUGUUUCUGUGAGUUGGCGGGUGAGAAUUCUCCAAUUGGACUGCACCUCGCCGGCAUUUUGUCUCUUAUCUCUGCCUGAAUGUGAAUGCAAUAAAUGUACAAAUUAAACGGUCACGUGAUUUUCUAAACCGUGGGUUGCGCGGGAUUGCUGGUGGGAAGGCGAACGGUCGCCAUGGUUACCGGAGAUGCUGCUGGUAACCAGGAAACCUGCGACUAUUCGCUGGGCCCCAUAUCUGGUGGCGCCACUGAGUGCUUCACAGCGCAGAGGCUUCACAUCAAACAGCCCCGCCUAGGUCUUACCCUCAGAACUCAGGCCGCUCGCAGCACAAACCCGCGGCUCACAAAACACGCAGAAAUUUCGGUCUCAUGCACGGGUGCACUCUACCAACUGUUGGGCAAAGAAACAAUUCCAAUUCAUUUUAGCUUUGGGCAUGGCGUAAAUUGGGACAUAACGGAAAUCGCCGCCAAAUGUACGCAACGCUUAAUUUUCGUCUUCAUUGAAGUCAACAUAUCGAAAAAAAUACAAUAGGAGCUCAAUUCCUUUUCGCACAUUCUACACCACCACCCAAAAUUAAUUAGACCUAAAGUAUUUAACGUUAACAAUGUAAGCUCCAUAUGACACAAGGGAUCCCAACUUGACCGAAAAUGUGCUAUAGACCCGCCUGGGGAAGUGCAGCUACAAUCCCGCAAUGCCCUGUGCCUUGUAGGCAAACCCAGCCUCACAGAGACACUCAUUACACCAACCCCAUAAUGUACUAGAACAUCAACCAAAAACUAACGCGAACAACUACCUCCAACAGGGCUUUAUCAUAUCCUUGUUUUGUAUUACACCCCACACCACCACCACUACUCACUUAUCCCUGUUGUAUUAGCAGGAUGGCCAAUUAAUGGGACAUUUGGAGCACUAAGUGGAACAAGAACGCAUGGACCCAGACAGACCACUGGGUUCAUUAAGUUAUUCCUCCCCAUCGACCGUGUUACGCCCUCUACCCGGUUAACUUAAUCACCUCACGGAGGCUGGAGGCCAGAAAGUCAAACAUGAAAGAAGUAAUUUGGGAAGUCGCUGAUUGACCAGAAAGAAUCAUUGAGAAAAACUCCCGAAUAUUAAUCCAACCGCCCGAUCCUGGCCAAUGGGGUUGGAUUAUGCUGUGGUGCGUGUUUCUGGAUUUUACUCCCAGGUUUGUUUUCAUUUCCAGCCUUCUUCAAGAAAUGGAGUUGGUGGAGGAAGCUUCAAUCCUGGUGGAGUAUUCACCAGACUGGAGAGAGCCAAACCUACUAUAGCGAAUCUCCAGAGUAGUACCUUCGAUUUAUUUUAUAUGAAGUAUUUGUGAUUCUACAUUUUUCGAUAUCUAUAUGGGAUAAGGGGCUUUAAACAGACAUUCGCCAUUCGAGCUUUUCUUUCUAUUUAGGUAACAUAUUUGCCUUUGAUCCUGGUCUAAUGAAUUAAUGUCAUUUAGAAGGUAGGGUUCCAAUUAUUGAGCAGAACGUUGUGAUUGUGGCUUUACAAUUGAACUGUAUCCGUUUAAAUGGACCUGUUUGCACCUGUAAGCUGCCCGAUGAGAUGCAUCUCGGUGCUUAACUAAACCCGUUGAUAACAGCUUUACACUGCCUGGAUACUUUUAGCAACCCUCUGCCUUCACCGUUUGCACUUUUGCUAAUGGAUGCUGAUUGACUCUGUACAGGUUCGAUGUGUUCUGUGCUAUUGUGUAUCAUCUCACAAUUAUCUACAUUAAAAAAAU